UUCGAUAGCACUAAGCAACGCGCUGUCGGUGAUGUGAUGAUGUAGCAAUCCGGAGCGGGCGCGGGGCGCGCCGCCGCGGGCGCUGUCAAUAAACUCUGCGCGCGCGAGCAGAGCCUCUCGUUGUUUUGUUCCCCGCGAUCAAAAACCUGCGUGGCCUUGUUGCCUUGUUGUAUUUGAACACGCGGCGCCGCGGCCGCUUCCACGCGCUCCUUUCAUUUUAAAAUAAAUUUGUUAUCUGGAGGUCAAGAUCGUGGAUUCGUCCAAUCCAACAUUAUCCUAAAUCGCGUGGUGAAUAGAGUGUCGGUGAAAGUGGCGAGUGUGCACGAGCGGUGGGGCAGCGGCGCGCGACGGCAGUGCGACCAGACGUGGCGGGAGAUACGACCAACACACUGUUUUGUUCCCACCCACAUAUGUUACUUUUGUAACUAAUAACUGCAACAUAAUAUCAUGUAACGGAUCCUCGCGGAAGAUUCAAUUAAUGUUAACCGGGACGCCGAUACGGUUGCUAUAGUGUGUGUAGUGCGGGCUAGGCUGGUCGGAGGGAGCAUGCUGGCUGGCGGGCGCGGGCGCAGGUAGCGAUGGCGCUGGAGGGCGCGGGCGUGGAGCCCACCAGCCUCGAGUACAUGGAGGACCCGUACUUCCUGGCGCCGGACGACGACUCCACGCCGAGCUUCGACGUGGCCGUGGACGAGCUGGAGGAGGAGCUGGGCUGGGCCCCUGCCCCCGCCCCUGUCCCCGCAGGCCCCGGGGGCGACCAGGACGACUGGCGCGCGCUGCCGGACCUGCUGGACUCCGCGCUCUGCAUCGAGACCGAGUUCUACAUGGACAACCGCCGCCGCCGCCUCAGGAUAUUCAAGAAGAAAAUGCGCGAAGUUCGAGUUACCUUUCAGGACUUAUCCAAGCCGUAUCUUGCCAAAGUUUCGAGCCACACGAACUAUAAACGGUUUCUAGGUAUCACACCUGGAGCGGAGGAGGCGGUGCCCGGCGCGGGCGUCGGGGCUGGCGAGCCGGUGACCCCCGACGAGCUGGCGGGCCUCACGCCGGAGCAGGCGGAGCAGCUGCGCGCGGAGUGGAGCCGCGAGCUGGCGCGUGUGGACGAUGAGAUCGCCACGUUGCGGACUGUGCUGCAGAGCAAGGUCCGCCAAAGCUCUGAGCUGAAGCGGAAGCUCGGCAUCACCGUGUGGAGGGAGAUCACCGAGGACGUGAACCAGGGCCUCAAGAACGUCAAGGAGAGCCAAGUCUAUCAAACGCUAGAAACUCGGGUCUCUGCGAUCACCCAGGCUGUGACGGAAGCGCCCAUAUACCAAAAAACUGAGUCUGUGAUAAAAACGACGGCGGAGAAGACGACGUCGAUCCUGGGCGGGUUCACGGCGGGCGUGUCCACCAAGCUCGGCCAGAUGCGCAACUCCGAGUCCUUCCGCUCCAUUGAAGAGCGCGUCGGAUCCGCUUAUGAGAAUGUUAAGGUGAGUGGUAAAGUGGCGUCUCGGUCCAACUCCACGCAGAGCUUCGACGAGGCGCUCCGCGACGCGAGCCGCGCGGCCAGCGGCGCCACCUCGCCCACCAUCCCCGAGCACCAGCCCCUGCCCUAAUGCAGCCGCCAGCCACGCCCCCACGCCGCGCCGGCCAAUCACAGCCCUGCAUCGCCUCUCCCACUCUAACGCCGUAGCGCUGUCUCACUCGCGACGCUUGUAAACAGAGCCGAAUAGAAUAGGAGAGGUUAUGGUUAGGCUUCGUUCGAUUCAAUCUUACAGUGGACUGUUUAUGAAGUGCAAUAUUAUUUAGAAUGUCGUCAUGAGGGAUGUUGAAAAUGGGUCCACUAUUACAUUUGAGUGCAAAUCGUGGCAGGAAUCGUUGCUCAACGUUUGUGGUACAAAAGUUAUUGCCAUGUAGUGUUUAUAUCUGAUUUGACGUCCGAAGCGAAUUGAGGAGCGAUUUCGUGCCGGUUCAUUACACCCCAAUCAAUUUCAUUGAGCUUACGUGUAAAUUUUAUGAGUGUACUUACCCUGUAUUUGUAAGAUUAUAUUUGUAAUGUAAUUUGGAAUAUAAAUAAGCAUGUUAAAGUACUUCUUCAGGCAGUAAGUGUUAAGCUUCUAAACUUGAUGGAACUUUUGAAACAUUUAUCUGGGGUAGUAUUUCAUAUUACGAUUAUGCACUGAACAUACAUACUGAAUACCUAUUUGUUAUUGAACGUGAGUGAUCCAGUAGCUGGCGCGGCGUGACGACCACUAAGGAGACUGCAACUGUCACUUUAACCUUUUUGCUGAUAAAUUAUUCGAAUCAUCACUGAUGCGAGACAUUUUGUUUCAUACUUUUCGAUGUUAGUAUUAUUGCAUUCCACGGUUGACUUACAAAAAUUGUGUAACUUAUUAUGAUAUGACUGUAUAGAAAUAUAUUUAUCUUUUAAUGAAUACCUACAUAUGCAACAAAGUCAAAUAUCUAUUUCUGGAAUGAACACUUUUAUACUUGUUAUUAAAGCCACAAUAUGUGUUGUAAAUUCAUGUUAAUUGUAGUUUAUGUGGAUGUGACUACAACACUUGCCGAUGCCUGUUAGAUCCAGAUUUUAAAUUGUAAAAAUCAUAUUUUUAUAAAGGCUUAGCUUCUCUAUAUUUUCACUAUUUACAUAAUUUGGUCCCACGACAUGGGAAAUAAAUAUGUGUAUUCACUGA